AUGACGGUCCUCAUCCUGACCCUGCUCCUCGUCGCUUGGGGUGUCUUCAUCACCGCUCUACCUGAUCUUUCAACCACAGUUGUGGCAAAGCUGCCUGCCGUUCCUGUGGGAUGGACUCAGGGCAAAAAGCCGAGCCCCAGGGAAGUCAUCAAACUGCGUCUCGCCAUGGAUCACCCGGCCAUGAGUGGUAUCCCUCAACACCUACUCGACAUCUCUACGCCUGAUCAUCCAUUCUACGGCCGGCACCUGGAGAAACAUGAAUUGGACGAUCUGCUGCGACCACCUAGUGAGGUAACUGCUCUAAUCAUUGACUGGCUCGAGGGUGAAGGCAUCCUCGCAGAGAACAUCACGUAUCAAGGAACCUGGAUCACGUUACACAUCUACGUCUUCCAAGCUGAGAGCCUUCUUAGCACCGAGUUCUCUGAGUAUCACAAUGGAGACACUACUUUGAUUCGCACUCUUCAAUACUCAAUCCCGACAAGUCUCCGACCUUUUAUCACGACAGUCCAGCCCACCACCCGAUUUGGUCAACCCAGAGCACAAACCAGCUUCAUCCUGGAGCCCAGAGAUAGUCCUGAUCCAGGGUUAAUUUCGCCAAUUGGUAACCCUGGUCUUUUGACCACCUAUAAUGCUACCUUCUGCAACAGCACCAUUACCCCGGAAUGCCUUCGAGGUAUCUACAGGAUGAGCGAUUUCCAGGCCGACCCCAAAGGAAAGACGAAGCUUGGUGUCUCCGGUUUCAUUGACGAAGGAGUGUAUUUUGACGAUCUAGAGGACUUUCUCAAGCUUACAGGCGCCGGUAGCCAGGCUCAUGACUUCUCCAUCGUGCCAAUUAACAACGGAGUCAGUGAUCAGAAAGGGGUGAACAAAACUGCAGAGGGCAAUCUCGACGUGCAAUAUGCUGUGGCCCUGGCCCGAGGCACGCCAGUCGUUUACUACUCAACCGCCGGACGAGCUCCAAUGCUCGCAGACCUUGACCAGCCGACUCCUGCUCAGAAUGGCAGCAAUGAGCCAUACCUUGAUCAACUCCACUACUUAUUGAGCCUCAACAACUCAGACCUCCCUGACGUCCUCACCACCUCGUACGCUGAGGACGAGCAGACCGUGCCCUUCGACUGGGCAAGAGAAGUGUGCCUUGCAUUCUCCUUCCUCGGUCUCCGUGGAGUGUCUGUGAUCUUUGCUUCAGGUGAUACUGGCGUCGGUAGUGCGUGUGAAUCUAACGACGGAAAGAAUACACCACGCUUUGCGCCAAAUUUCCCAGCGACGUGCCCCUAUGUAACCGCUGUGGGAGGUACCUACGCCUUGAAUCCGGAAAUUGCAGCUGCCUUCUCGUCAGGAGGGUUUUCCAACUACUUCGCGGCACCCUCUUACCAAAUCAACGUCACCAAGGCGUACCUGGGCAAAUUGGGCAACAAGAACAAAGGGUAUUUUAAUGCCUCUGGGCGAGGGUAUCCGGAUGUCUCAGCCCAAUCUGUGCGCUACCUGAUAGAAAACCAAGAUCAUCCACAAUUCUUGUACGGAACGUCUUGCGCAGCGCCAACUUUUGCCGCCAUUAUCUCCAAUUUGAACAAUAAACGUCUGGCGCAGGGAAAGGCCAAGCUCGGAUUCCUGAACCCUUGGUUGUACUCGCAGGGCUACCAGGCAUUCAACGAUAUCACCCUGGGACGGUCUCGCGGAUGUUCAGGCCAGGACAUGUAUACGGGCCAGCCAGCGCCCAAGAUUACGGAUGCCGGUUGGGAUGCGGCGCCAGGGUGGGAUCCAGUGACGGGCUGGGGCACGCCAGACUUUCAGAAGCUCUCGACCAUGAUGGCUUCGUGAGGAGCGAGAGAAUCGUCCAUGCAGAUAAAGCAUUGAUAAGGGUACAUAGAACUGGACAGAUUGAGGAAAGGAGAGUGUCAGAGUGCGAGGAACUCAGGGAUUAGGCAAGUCAACAAUGUCAAGGGCUCGAUUAGAUUGAUGAACGAGGUCAGCCAGCCCUUUGAUGUUAAGUGAGGCCAAGUCAAACACCAUGUCCAACUCCAUUAGCUCCUGACACAUUGACGAGAGCGUCACUUGAAUCGCCCUCCCCAACAAUCGACAGACAUAUU